AUGAACACAUCACUCGACGAACAACUCAACAAUCUCUGCCUCCAAUCAGGGACCACACUGGGCGAACUUUUGGAUCAACUCGAUGCUCAAAUGGAAGAAGUCGAGAGGAUUGGACGUGAUUUAAUCAAAAAACUCCCGAAAAAGACUCCUGAAAGAGCAAUCUUCCCAUUUGAGAAGAGAACUUCCGAACUGGAAAAUUCGUGGCGAAAAGUCUAUCAAGGAACAAUUGAUCGUCUGUAUGGCACUAUCGAUAAAAAGGACAAAGAGAUUGCUCAGAUCCGAUUGGAGAAAGAGGAAAUUGAGAAAAAAUUGAGAGAAAAGAAAGUUGAAUCAAGAGAAGGAACGAUUUCAGAUGAGAUGUUGGAUCAGAUGUUGGAUGUGAUGCGUAGUGCAAAAGAAGAACUUUUGGACACUCAAGAGGAAUUAUAUAGGGUAUCAAUUCAAAAGAAAUCAGCUGAUUUGAUCCGCCAAAGAGAGAAAAUUCAAUGGGAAGCUGAGACGAAUCAAUUGAAGAAAGAAAAUCAAAUGCUUCUGAAUGAGUUGAAAUCAGUUUUGAAGAGUAAGAAUGAUCACAUUUCGGGAUUGGAGAAACUCAAUGAAAUGUGGAUUUCCACUUUCAAAACUCUGGAUACCGAUGUUAUAUGCAAAAUGGAUGAUUGCCGAAUUUGUACGGAAGAAUUGAAUUCAAAGGAUUCCUCACCAUCCAAAGAUUUGAAAAUCGAUGCGAUUAUUAAAAAGUACUUCCCAUUCAACUAA